UCAAGAGGCUGAGGCUGUCGUUGUUAGAUCUCCGCGGAAGAGUGGAAUGAAUGAGAAUGCAGGUGACUCCCAGAAGUGGACUAACAGCCCUGGAUACACUAACGUAGUGAAUAGUCCCUUCAAAACUCCUGUGUCUGCUAAAGGCGGAAGGACACAUAAUAAGCCAAAGGUUUCCAGUGAAGGCAGAUCAUGUCCUCCAACACCCAUCCCAAAUGCUGGUUCGCCUUCUCCUCUUACUCCCGCCGGCAGCUGUCGUUAUGACAGUUCCUUAGGUCUCUUAACAAAAAAGUUCAUCAAUUUGGUCAAGCAUGCAGAGGAUGGUAUUCUUGACCUUAAUAAAGCAGCAGAAACUUUGGAGGUGCAAAAGAGGAGGAUUUAUGACAUAACUAAUGUUUUGGAAGGCAUUGGUCUCAUCGAAAAGAAACUCAAGAACAGAAUACAUUGGAAGGGAGUUGAAUCUUCUACAUCUGGUGAGAUGGAUACUGAUAUCUCUAUGCUUAAGGAAGAAGUUGAGAAACUUUCUUUUGAAGAGCAGAGAUUAGAUGACCAAAUAAGGGAAAUGCAAGAAAGGCUGAGGAGUUUGAUUGACGAUGAAAACAAACAGAAGUGGCUUUUUGUGACUGAAGAAGAUAUUAAAGGCCUACCUUGCUUCCAGCACAAUGAAACUCUUAUAGCAGUUAAAGCUCCACAUGGAACCACCCUGGAGGUCCCUGAUCCUGAUGAGGCUGUUGACUAUCCACAGAGGAGAUAUAGAAUCAUUCUUAGAAGCACAAUGGGUCCCAUUGAUCUCUAUCUUAUCAGCCAAUUUGAAGAGAAAUUUGAAGAGAUUAAUGGUGCUGAGCCCCCUAUGAGCUUCCCACCUGCUUCAAGUUCAGGGUCCAAUGAGCAACUUGUGACAGAAAUGGUUCCUGCUGAAUGCAGUGGAAAAGGACUUGAACCUCAAGCUGAGCUCUCUUCUCAUACAUGCUCUGAUCUAAAUGCUUCACAAGAGGUUGCUGGAGGCAUGAUGAAGAUUGUCCCUUCAGAGGCAAACAACAACGCAGAUUAUUGGCUUCUAUCAGAUGCUGAAGUUAGCAUAACCGAUAUAUGGAGAACAGAUUCUAGUCUUGAUUGGAAUGGGGUGGACAUGCUUCAUCCUGACUUUGGAAUCAUCCCAAGACCACAAACUCCAACUGGAUUUGCUGAAGCGCCAUCUACAGUAGCUAACACUAAUCAGAUGUGAGUUUGAUUUCCCUAGUAGUAACAUAUAUCAGAAACUAUGGUUAGCCUUCAUCCUUUGCAGAGGGAAAUUGCUUCAAUAGAGUAAUUGCUAGCCUUGUGAAUGCUGAGGAUGCCGUCAGGAGCUGUUGAAUCGCUAGGAGUUGUUGCUAUACUUGAGUUAAAUCAUUGACUAUUUUAUGAAUAAACUAGUUAUAGACAUACUAUGCUCGUGGAAGAUUUAUCUUGGAAGGUAGAGCAGUUGCGGCAAAUACUAUAACAGAGAAGUUGAUGCUGUAUGAAAUGCAAACAAGGUGGGCUCCAUAGUCAGUAUCUUGUCAUAUGAUUGGCGAUAUUUGAAGUCUGUGGCAACGUGGGUCCAAUUUUUUUGA